AUGGAGAUUCAAAUUCACACGAGGCUCUGUUUUGCCAAUAUCAUCUUUUGGCACCAGAUGAUUCUUAGGUUGCUGGACAGCUUAUGGAAUGGGUCAGAAGCCCAUCUGUGGUCUGGGAGAACAAGUGGAGGGCAUCUGGUAUCCUCCAGACCCUCCUCCAACACCGAUCCAGGCAACUAUGUUGAAGUGAAUGAUUCAAUCACCCACAUGCCAUCCAAAGGGGUGAUACAAGAUAUUACUAUGGAGCUACACUGCCCACUGUGUAAUGAUUGGUUCCGUGAUCCACUAAUGCUAAGCUGUGGUCACAACUUCUGCCAGGCCUGUAUCCAAAACUUUUGGAAGCUGAAAGCUAAGGAAACAUUCUGUCCAGAGUGUCAAAUGUUAUGUCAAUACAGCAACUGUACAUUCAAUCUUGUACUAGAGAAGCUGGUGGAGAAGAUUAAGAAGCUACCCCUACUCAAAGGCCACCCACAGUGCCCAGAGCAUGGAGAGAACCUGAAGCUGUUCAGUAAGCCAGACGGGAAACUGAUCUGCUUUCAAUGCAAGGAUGCGCGUUUGUCUGUGGGGCAGUCUAAGGAGUACCUGCAAAUCUCCGAUGCUGUCCGUUUCUUCAUGGAGGAGCUUGCCAUUCAGCAGAGUCAACUGGAGACAACCCUGAAGGAGCUUCAAUCUCUGAGAAACAUGCAGAAGGACGCUAUUGCUGCUUACAAGGAAAACAAGGUACAUCUACAGCAACAUGUGUCCUUGGAGUUUCUAAAGCUGCAUCAGUUCCUGCACAGCAAAGAAAAGGACAUUCUAAAUGAGCUCCGGGAAGAGGGCAAAACCUUGAAUGAGGAGAUGGAGUUGAAUUUGAACCAGCUUCAGGAGCAGUGUCUCCUGGCCAAGGAUAUGCUGGUUAGCAUUCAGGUACGGAUGGAACAGCAGAACUCCUUCGACUUCCUCAAGGACAUCACAAAUCUUUUGGAUAGCUUGGAGCAAGGAAUGAAGGUGCUGACACCCAGGGACCUUAUCUCCAGAAAGUUGAACCCAGGCCAGUUCAAGGGUCCCAUCCAGUAUAUGAUAUGGAGGGAAAUGCAGUCCACCAUCCUUCCAGGCCUAUCUCCAUUAACUCUGGACCCUAAAACGGCUCACCCAAAUUUGGUGCUCUCCAAAAACCAAACCAGCGUGUGGCAUGGUGACGUUAAGCAGGUAAUGCCUGAUGAUCCAGAGAGGUUUGACUCAAGUGUGGCUGUGCUGGGCUCAAAAGGCUUCACAUCUGGAAAGUGGUACUGGGAAGUACAAGUAGCAAAGAAGACAAAAUGGACUGUCGGAGUUGUCAGAGAAUCCAUCAUUCGGAAGGGCAGCUGUCCUCUAACCCCUGAGCAAGGAUUCUGGCUUUUAAGACUGAGGAACCAAACUGACCUAAAGGCUCUGGACUUUCCUUCUUGCAAUCUGAAAAUGACCGACAACUUCAAGAGGGUGGGCGUCUACCUGGAUUAUGAAGGAGGUCAGGUAUCCUUCUACAAUGCUACAACCAUGGUCCACAUCUACACCUUCAGCAGCACUUUCAUGGAGAAACUUUAUCCUUACUUCUGCCCCUGCCUUAAUGAUGGUGGAGAGAAUAAAGAACCACUGCACAUCUUACACCCACAGUAA